AUGCUCGAGCGGAGAAGUUUGCAUUGUCUCGAAAGUAUUGCAAGGAGUGAGUCGCUCGGGCAGUCUGUUGAGGAGCUUGAUAUUUGCACCAGCCAUCUACUACCACUCGAUGAGGUGGAAGAGAUCGAGCCACCACAUAGCGAGUAUGAAGGCAUGAUGAAGCACCUAAAGAAGAAGAACAACAUAGAUGCUAUCCUCCACCUUGGCAUAGAAUACUAUGAAGAAUGGGUCAGAAGGUGGCCGAUUAAUAAUGGGGAGGUGGGGGUUGGUGACGAGGAUGAAAAAGACGACUAUAACGGCCAAGAUAACCAAGAGAUGGGUUCUGACAUCGGCGAUGACGUCAAAGCGGCAAGUAGCCGACUUGAGCAGAUUAACCCGCAAGAGUACAACAGACAUCUACAUGAUCAAGAAGAUAUGAUGCGUGCAGGCUACGAUGUGAAAUGCUUGGCAGGAGCUAUGACAUACCUGAAACGUUGCAGAAAGAUCAAUAUUAGUACAAGCAUACAUGCCUGGGGAAUGAGACGGCUAAGACAGCGGAUUGGUAUCCUGCCGCAAAGGGGACUUACAUUCAAGUCGAAAGCAAGCAUCCGACAAGUACAUCACAUCGUCCAGGUUGUUCUCGCGGCCAUAGCCGUCAGCGGAAUUUCGGUCCAGUACCUGGAUAUCGAACCUAGUAUGAUGCUUGAGAAUGCCAAUCGGAUUAGCCCUUUCAUGCUUAUGGGCCCGUCAUCGUCUGUCAUCCUAUCGAGAUCUUUCCCUACCAGUCUGCGCCAACUCCAGAUCUCACUGGAUCCGGAGUCUCCUCCAGACGACACGAUUUCAGGAACAAAAUGGGGCCUUGGUCUUCUUCAAUUUAUACACCUUCUGCCCGAGCUCUCCGAUCUCGAGCUUAGCUUUGAGCAUAGGGAUGAAGCAGGUCGAUUCUCCGAGAUUGCCAAGGACCUGUACAUCCCCAAACUGGAAAGUAUAACGCUUCACUUGAUCGAUACCACCAAGGAAGAUAUCGCAAUCUUACUGCUGUGUCAUCACCGAACGCUCCGGAGAGUGGUUUUAGAGUCGAUCCAGCUUGACGGGGACCUGACAGCCUGGCGCUGGCUGAUUGAGGUUGUCUGGAGGAGCCUAGAGCUUGAUGAGUUCUGUAUUCUGUCAAGCUGGGCAGAGAGGAAAGAUGAGGAUUUUUCUUUUGCAGAAUUAGAGGAUAUUACAAUAGUAGAUAAUGAUAGCUAUAAUAAGGUUAUCGGAGGAUUAAUAUAG